UUGAUUCAUAUAACGUUCCGAAAUGUUUUUAAUAUUAGAGGACUGUGAUUACCGCCCAUUCGAACAGGCCCAACAUGCUUUCCACACAACGGUUGAUAACAUUUUCCCGGGAAAACAUCAAACGGAAAUUCAAACUCAAAUUCCAAACCCAAGCCAGAAAGGAUCGCUCUCAUCAUCCCAUUUCACUUAAAGCCCUAUCUUCUCUUGCCAACAUUCUUAAUUCUCAUAGCCCAAAGAACCCAAACUCUGGAACUUUCACCAAACGAUCCCAAUUUCAUUUCCCAGGAAGAACCGAAACAACUCGAUUUCUGCACUCAGUUGCGGAUUCUCAUGAACCCACCGAGUUUCGACAAGACCCAGAUGACCAAUCAGCUAUUUAUGUUCAAAACCUCCUCAAGUUUCGAAGGGACAAGCCGGCGGAAGCGAUUGAGCGAGCUCUCGAUCUAUGCGGGCUCAGGCUGACCGAGGACUUGGUGCUGAGUGUGCUUCAGCGGCAUCGUUCGGAUUGGAGACCAGCUUAUGUAUUUUUCAACUGGGUUUGUAGAAAAGGAGAAGGAAGUGGAUACUCACCUGGGUCUGGUGUUUACAAUGAGAUUCUUGAUGUUCUUGGGAAAUUGCAGCGUUUCGAGGAGAUGAUCCAAGUGCUCGAUAAAAUGUCAAAGAGAAAGGGACUUGUCAAUAACGAGACAUAUGAGAUUUUACUUAAUAGAUUUGCGGCUGCUCAUAAGGUGGAGGAAGCAAUUGAUAUAUUCAAUAAGAGGAAACAGUUUGGAUUAGAGAGUGAUUUGGUUGCGCUUCAGAGGCUUUUGAUGUGGUUAUGUAGGUAUAAGCAUGUGGAAGUUGCGGAAACUAUAUUUCAUUCAAAGCGAAAUGAGUUUGGUUGCGAUGUCAAGACUUGGAAUAUCAUUCUCAACGGUUGGUGCAUAUUGGGGAAUGUAUUUGAGGCAAAAAGGUUUUGGAAAGAAAUAAUUGCGUCUAAAUGUAAGACGGACAUGUUUACAUAUGGAACUUUUAUAAACGCUCUGACAAAGAAGGGGAAAUUGGGAACGGCGGUCAAGUUGUUCCGAGCCAUGCAGGAGAAUGAUUUAAAGCCGGAUGUGGUGAUCUGCAAUUGUAUCAUUGAUGCGCUUUGUUUCAAGAAGAGGAUUCCUGAAGCUUUGGAAGUUUUUAAGGAAAUGAAGGAGCGAGGUUAUCCCCCAAAUGCAACAACUUACAACUCGCUAAUCAAGCACCUCUGCAAGAUCCGGAGAAUGGAAAAGGUUUACGAGCUUUUAGAUGAAAUGGAACAGAAGAAGGGAAGUUGCUUGCCAAAUGAUAUAACUUGUAACUACCUGCUCAAGACCUUGAAGAAACCAGAGGAAGUUCCCGUGCUAUUGGAGAGGAUGCAGAGAAAUGGGUGCAAGAUGACUUCUGACACACACAAUUUGAUCUUGAAGUUGUAUAUGGAUUGGGGUGAUCAGGAAAGAGUAAGAUAUACAUGGGAGGAGAUGGAGAGAAAUGGGUUGGGGCAUGACCGGCGAUCUUAUACCAUUAUGAUUCAUGGGUUUUAUGACAACGGAAGAAUACAAGAUGCUUUGCGCUAUUUCAGUGAGAUGACAUCGAAGGGUAUGGUGCCAGAGCCAAGAACCAAGAUAUUAGUGAUUGACAUGAACAUGAAGUUGAAGGAAAGCAGGCGAACAAGGGGAAAAAAUGAAGAGAGCAGAUAUGGAGGGUAGGGAAAUAUUUUAUCUCCCUUCACCUCUGUGCAAGAAACAUUAUUUCAAGUAUAUCAAGCUAUGGAC